CGGCGCUGCAGCAGCAACGGACACGCGCUGAGCCAGGGCAACUGAACCGUAAAACAGAGUAAAAUCUGUCAAUACUGGAUGGAAAAGCAGAUUUUCGGGUGGGAAAAAAAAAAAAGAAAGAAAGAAGAAGCACCUCUCACAUUUUAGAUGAAGUGAGAUGCAGAAGAGCUGUGGUGAGUGUCCAAUGCCUAGCGUUCUCCAGCCCCUGCACUGGUGUCUGGAUUGGCAUUUUGCAAGUGCAGAGGAAGAAGAAGAGGGCUUUGGCUCGCCUAGUGCUUCCGUGCGUCAACGGCUCGACCAAGGAACGUUUGCAGACCUUCAAACACUGCCCGAUUUCAUUUGUGAUCUAAAGGCGUGCGUCCUCCGUUGCCCAGAAGGAAUGGCUCAGGUACACGACUUACGAUUGGUCAGUAUGCGCAACCAAGCCGUUGAUCAGGAUACAAACAGUUAUUGGUACGUACAAAAUCUGCCGAUGGAGGUUGCAUUCGAUCAGCUUCAACAACGGGGAGAUGCACAGGCGAUGUCCAAAGCACCUCAUAGCCCCGCCCAAGAAAGGACCCGUGGGGCUCGAUACGAUGGCCAAUGGUCCAUACCAAAGGCCGCCCAGCCAGUCAGCGGACGUAGCGGCGAUGGUAGCGCGCUGGGAGCCAUCCAGGGCACUGUGCAAGGAACUGCGCAAGAGCAGCAACAGUGGGUUAAUCCCAGCGCGCUCGAAAACGCUGCUGAAGACAGCAAGCAGAAGUACGCGCGUUUGUCUGCACCUGGAGCUGACCAGUUGGUUGUUCAGGGGCAUCUGCAAGCGGAUAAUCAGGAGACGUGCGUUCCUGGGUACUCGCAGUACUACGCAAAGUACGACGGAAUCCAAAUGACUCCAACGUCAGUGACAAAUCACGAAGCUGUACAGGAGCCACAUAAAACGCACUCGCACAAGCGAGUGCAGCAAGCUUAUCACCCUCAACCGGGAAAUCAGCUGAAAUCAGAAACUUCAAAGACUGAGCUCAGAAAGCGUGCAGCAAUUGUAAGGGGACUUAUGAUCACGACUGUCGCAGCGUUGUGCUUGUUGCUUGUGUUCUUGUCCGUAACACAAACGACAGCGAAAAAGAGAUCGACGCCAGAGACACUCCCCACUGACAUAGUGUACGAAAUGUACGAAAAACAUGUAAUCCCGAAACGAAACGCGGCAAGGAUUGUGAAGCUGAAUGCAACUGCAUAUGUGAGAAGGUUGACGACCUCCCAUACCAAGUCGGCAGCCAGCUCUACUUACGUUGUGAAGGGCGAACAACCAUACCCUCCGUCGGACAGUAAAGAAGCAGUUAUCGAUGCUCGCUGCUUCCCUGUUUACACCACCUAUUGCACGAACAGAAGGACGAAAUUCUACUUCGACACGAGCACUGGCACGUGCGUAUCAACACAUGAGCACCGCGUCUCUCGCAGUGUCUGCAACCAUAGCCCCAACAAGUUCAGAACACUGGAAGGCUGCACUAGAAGCUGCAUUAAGCAGAAGGUGCCUUUCGCGCAAUGCUUCGUGCCUGCUAAAUUCACCACUUGUACACAGCAGUACGUGCAGCAGAAGUGGUGGUAUUACCACGGAGGGCGUUGCCAUCAAUGGACAUUCAGUACUGGAGAGUGCCCGCUGUCAAGUAGAGCGUACCGUACAUUACAGGACUGCACGGGAAAUUGCUCCUCUGUACGGAUGGGGAGCACCUGCCACCAGCCCAACGGAAGGAAAUGCUUGCCUCAUGAGCUCAAGUUCCCGUACUUUGCGGUCAAGCAAGGUGACGGCAGCUUUCGCUGCGAAGUGGCCGACUUCCGGAACUUGCAUAACCACAAUUGCCUGCUUGGGCCGAAUCAGUUUGCUACAAGCAGUGAGUGUCAACGGGCGUGUGGUUCGCCACGAAUAUAUGAUACUGGCUUUGACUAAUCAUUGCCCUUCUGUGUUAUGUUCCAUGCACUCACGCCUUGGCAGAAAUGACGAAACAGGUGUCUAGAUUUCAAUAAAGUCGCACAAUUAGAAUUUUACA